AGACCAUCCCCAAAUCAUUUCCACUAUGGCUGAAAAAGAAAAAAGCAAAGACAAAUCUUGACUCAUAAUUUAAUUUGCAGACUGAUUGGGACAUAAGAGCGCGCUUCUCGUUCCAAACGAAACCCUUUUUUUCUCUAAUUUCCAUCAGUGAUCCUCUUCACUCACAUUUUACUUCUUCUUCUAUGGGUUUUGUAGAAGACGAAUUGCUAUGACUUAUGAGCUACAAUAAGUUUCAGACAUUCGUUACUGAUUUCGUGAGUUGGGUUUUCGUUUUACAUGGAGAAGAGAGUAUACGAAGUCUGGAAAGGGAGAAAUAAGUUCCUUCUUGGAGGAAGGUUGAUCUUUGGUCCAGAUGCUAGGUCUAUACUUGUUUCUGCAUCAAUGAUCAUGGUUCCUGUUGUUAUUUUCUGUAAUUUCAUUGGAAGACAUCUUCUCCAUGAGUUUCCUUCAUAUAAUGCAGGAUAUAUGAUUGUUGUGGCACCAUUUCUGUUCACAAUCUAUGUAUUGGUACUUCUUCUUCUUACUUCAUCUCGAGACCCUGGAAUAGUUCCCCGUAACUUACAUCCACCCGAAGAAGAACUCCGGUAUGAAAGUUCGGUAUCCAACGAUAAAACACCGAGCUUACAAUUUCCUCGUACAAAAGAAGUUAUUGUGAACGGAGUGUCGGUUAGAGUCAAAUACUGUGACACGUGCAUGCUUUAUCGACCUCCUCGUUGCUCUCAUUGUUCCGUUUGUAACAAUUGUGUCGAGCGCUUCGAUCACCAUUGUCCGUGGGUUGGCCAAUGCAUUGGAUUGCGUAAUUACCGACUCUUCUUUUUAUUUGUUUCUUCCUCGACGCUUCUUUGUAUCUACGUAUUUUGUAUGUCGGCUUUUUACAUCAAGGUGUUGAUGAGGGAUUAUGGUGGCUCGAUUUGGAGCGGGAUGAGAGAAUCUCCUCUUGCGGUGGUGUUGAUGGCUUAUUGUUUUAUUGCAUUGUGGUUCGUUGGUGGGCUUACGGGUUUUCAUCUUUAUCUCAUUAGCUCAAACCAGACUACCUAUGAAAAUUUCCGAUAUCGAGCAGACAACAGGAUCAAUAUUUAUGAUCAAGGUUGUGCAGGAAAUUUCAAAGAAGUAUUCUGCACAAAGAUAAAGCCUUCAAGAAACAAGUUCCGGGCUUUCAUGGAAGAAGUCCACCGGCCACCACCUCCAGUGACCUCUCGGGAAUCCGGUGGGGAGGACUCCGGCCCGGAGGACCGCCGUGUGAAGGUUGAAGAUGAUAUGGAUUUAGGUGGAGACCUUUUGAAAAUCUAUCAGCGCCACGAUAUCAAAGACAUAAACUCCCGCCACCAUAAUUCUUCAGAAUUUGAUUCUGUUUUAGGUUCAGAGAGCCAUGAAGUCCUUGCUAUGAACUUGAAUGUAGAUGAGAGUGGAAGCUAUGCUGCAGAAAGGCAAGGGUACCAAUGACAUUUCACAACCUGACAUAACCCCGUUGAUUAGAGAAAAUCGGACCUUGGUUUUUUUUUCCUUGAUGUACAAGGAUAUUUUGGUCAUUCUCUGUGCAAUGUUAGUUCGACUGAUUAUGGCGAGCUUUGGAGGAACAGAGAUUACAAGUUUUUACUCAAACUUUAUGGGUUGAAUUUGAUGAAUUUAUGUAAUGGUGUGUUAUUAUGGAUUUAGUUUAGAGUGUAAUUGAAACAAAAUCGAGACGUUUUGGUUAUGAUGUGUUAGGUUUAAAUAUGAUUAUAGGAAUUGUAUUUAUUGUAUGGACAAAACGAUUUAGAAGCUUGUAUGAAAAAAAUUCACAUUGGGAACCUAUCACCCC